AUGGCAAAUCUACCCUUGAACUCCUCGAGCAAAUAUUCAAGCCCAUACUCGAGUCUCGAGCAGGAAUGGACAGGGUUUAUGCCAAGACACAUCAAAGCGGUUCGACCAGAACCGUACCUAUAUGGGGUGGCAAUGAAGAUUUUCCCAGACAUGGAGCACUACUUCAUCCUCUCGAAAAUUAACAACUUCCAAUUCAAAGAAUACAACUAUUGGAAGGUCUAUAACAACCCCGAGGUCAACUUCUGGAGGCGCCAGGGACGUGUACACUGUCGACAUCGCCUGGACAUCGCGGCCCUCACCUACGAGGAGCAAACCCGCGCUAUCAGCUUUUGGAGUAGUGUUCGAACCUCGAAAUUAUUCGAGACGUUCAUAUACUUCCUGCUAGGGCUCAAGGGGCUGCGCCAGGUCAUGCUCCACGUCCCCAUCUUGGCAUACAUACCAUUCGAUGAUCGGAUCCUGUAUCAUAAUGUAAUCCAACUGGCGAAUGAGGUCUUAGGUUCCGAGGCUAAAUUGCUCUUUCAGGAUUGGGAUACUUUUGGUGUUAGCCAGCGCCCGCCACGAUAUGUGCCACAGGAGAGCGAAUGGGUGUGGGUUGCUGAGGAUGGCGGGAUGUUGAACGAGGUCUUAACCAAGCUGAUUCGGAAGAGACAGAGAAGAAAGGAGGCAAGAAAACAGCUAAGAGCAAAGGUAUCCGGUUUCGCCAAGCGUGUGAGGGUAAAGUUGCGAUUAGAUGGUGGCCGAACGACAAUGAAUAAUGGAAAGAUGUACACAACACAAUAUGGCGCUUCGCUGAAGUAUAGGAACAGGAAUACCGCAAUGAGACACAUGAAUAAUUGGAUAUCUUCGAUCUAUUACAGUGUCAAGAAUUGA